CAGGCCCUGCAGCUGGUGGGGGAGGCUCCGCCCCUCGCGCAGGCGGCUCCGCUGAGCCCACGUAGCGCUAGCGGCGCUCCGCUUGCCGCGCAGCCAUGAGCUUCAAUCGCACGGAGAGCGACUGGCAGGGGCUGGUGGGCGAGUAUCUCGUAUGUAAAAGAAAGCUAGAAAGUAAAAAAGAAGCAUUGCUGAUACUUUCCAAGGAACUGGACACAUGUCAACAGGAGAGAGAUCAGUACAAGCUUAUGGCCAAUCAGCUGCGGGAACGACACCAGUCACUGAAAAAGAAAUACCGGGAGCUGAUUGAUGGGGAUCCCUCUCUUCCUCCUGAAAAAAGGAAACAGGCUAAUCUUGCCCAACUAUUGAGUGAUUCUCGGGAUCGAAAUAAGCAUCUGGGAGAAGAAAUUAAACAACUUCAACAAAGACUGGGAGAAGUACAAGGAGACAACAAGCUCCUUAGAAUGACAAUAGCAAAACAAAGACUUGGAGAUGAAGAAGUUGGGGCACGCCACUUUGCAGCACAUGAGCGUGAAGACCUUGUUCAUCAGCUGGAGAAAGCACGAGAACAAAUUGAGACUCUGGAACAUGAUCUUCAAGCCGCAUUGGAUGAGCUGCAGGAUGUAAAGGAAGAGCGCUCUUCUUACCAAGAUAAAACAGACCGACUGAACCAAGAGCUUAAUCACAUCCUGGGAGGACAUGAAAAUCGCAUCAUUGAUGUAGAUGCCCUGUGUAUGGAAAAUAGAUACCUUCAGGAGAGAUUAAAGCAACUUCAAGAGGAGGUCAACCUUCUUAAAUCUAAUAUUUCUAAGUACAAGAAUGCUCUAGAGAGACGGAAAAAUUCAAAGAUUCACAGUAGAUCCAGCAGCAGUGCACUGACUGGAGUCCUUUCUGCAAAGCAAGUCCAAGAGUUGUUAUCGGAGGACCAUGGUUGUAGCCUACCGGCCACACCACAGUCCAUUUCAGAUCUCAAAUCUUUGGCUACUGCCUUGCUGGAGACUAUCCAUGAGAAAAACAUGGUCAUACAACACCAAAGGCAAACCAACAAAAUUCUAGGUAAUCGGGUGGCAGAAUUGGAGAAGAAGUUGAGAACUUUGGAAAUUUCUGGUUUGUGGAGUCUUCCAGGCCUGAGCUACAAUGUCUCAGUGGGAUUUGGGAGUGGAAAAGAUACUAUAACAUUCAGUGACCCAACCCUCCCUGUUCUACAGAGGUCAAGAUCACCAUUGCUAACAUUUGCUGACAAGCCACAACAGAAUCAAGCACAGAGGCAUGAAGCAAAACAGAAGGGAAAACCAGAUGAAAUUUAUGCUGUUUCAACAGAGUUGACAGUUCCAGAGGAAGCUGCUAUGGUCUACGACAAUUCCCAAGCGAACAUAAAUAACAGUAACCAAACUAAGCCUUUUCAUCCCUCAUUACCCAAGGUUCCUUCUGAAGAGGAAGAAAUAAAGAAUCUUGGAAGUGAAAUAAUUAAAUUGACAGAAGAACAGGCAGCUGCAGAACUGGAAGGGAGCAGAACAGAAAGUCUACCUGAGGGCCGGAGUACAAUGGACCAAUCAGAACUUAGCAGCUCAUCCAAGGAAGAGUCCCCCAUAUCCAGCCCUGACCCAUUUGACCCUGUGGAGCCAUCAAACUCCAAGAAUGAGCAUGCAGCUGAAAAUUGGGUCCUGAAAGACCGUGAGGAAACCUCAGAGAAUGAAUGUGAAAAUGUUAAUAAGAGAGAGGGUGGAAAUGGCAACACACUGGACACUGAAGACACAGAAGGAUGUGGAGAACUAACUGUUUCAACCUCUGACUUAAGCAACACCUCUAGUAGUCCCCCUGAGCCCGAGUGUGACAAAUCAUCUGACCUUGCUGAAUGCUCUGAAUAUUUGGAUAACAGCAUGGCUUGUGGUAUGAAAUCCAAGAUCUCAAGUUUCUCCCUUUCAUCCUCUUACAGUGGAAGCUGUACUGCCAUGAAUAUGGAUAGUCACCAAAUUAAUCUGCCAUAGAAUUGGGUUUUUUACAUCGUUCUGUCAGCAUUUGUCCAUUAAAAAGAUGUUUUUUUCUAUUAA